AUGGGCUCAGACCUCAAGGACACCGCCGCGCCAGCGAAGGUUAAGCACCAGAAGGCUAAACGCGACGAAUGCAUGCUCUUCUCGACAUCGAACGACCCCCAGAAAGAGUGCUUCACCCUCGUCGACGACUACAAGAAGUGCAUGGCUGGAUACGGCUUCAAGAUAUAG